GGAUAUGACGUAAAGUAGGUUCGGAUAGGAAAGCGGGAUCCUCUCCAGGAGGCGGGUGCUUGAAGAGAAAAAGUGUGGUCCGAUGACAAAAGCUGAAAAGGUGGAGUGGAAAGUAGAGAUGCAUGUGUACUAGAGUAUUUAUUUUUUAUUUUUUAAUGAGGCCCACUAAUGAUAGCUUGCAUUGUGAAGAAAAAACAAAUGUAGAUGCCUCAAAUUACUUUUUGUCAUGGGGCAUAUGUAUUCAUAUGCCACCAUUGUACAUGCCUUAAUGUUCCAUUCCUGAGUAUGUAGUAUACUUGUACGUACUUGUGCUGAACUGUUGAUGGCAACAGUGGACUGGUUCGACGUCCAAAAAAAGGCAAAACUGUGGACUAGUUCGAAACACGCAGCUGCUUAAAUACAGGGUCCAUCUCCGACCAGCACAAAAGUUCUUUCUAAUGUUAUUAUAUCCAUAUAAAACUCGAUUCAAGUUAAGCAACCAAUCACUGACAGCCUGUGCCUACGCUUCGUUUUACUGAGGAUGACGUUUUCGUCCCAUAUAGUCUUCGUCUUCACAACAGAACCCAGAUGCCGUUUUUUUCAUGAAAGAUCCAGCAUUGCUGGCAUUCAUUGAUAAUAGCAGGAAGCAACGGAAAACAAUAAGAUGGUGAAGGUCCUAGGACCAAAGGAUCCGAAGAUCAAAAAACAAAAAGAAAAACAACAGCCCUAGUAGCUACAGUACAACACUCCUUACAAACCACACUAGGCAGCGCAGCUCCGACUCCGGCGGUGAAACUACCAAGGAAAUUGGGCGGAGGUGGCGUCACGGAGGAUCACCGAACGAACCACCUGUCACGUGUCAUCGUAUACCACCGGUUCCCCACCGCGGCUUCGACUUCACAGUAAACAGACAGUCGAGGCACUCCCACGGACACGCCGGAGAAGAAGAGCCGAGUACCACGGCCAGGGCCACGCCUCCGGCAUUGUACACCGCCAUCAUCGUUGCCACAGAAGCCACCAUACCCAGAUGCCGUUUUAAAACCAGUUUCUUUCGUCCUUCAUUUCGAUGUCACCAGGUCAAUUCCUCUUUUGGCCACUUCUUUCUGUUUUUGGCUGGAGCUAAACGGAGUAUCUUAAUCAGUGAAAACGGCAAAUUGGCGGUGGUGUGAUGCAGUAAUGGUGAUGGUAGGAUUGGAACCGUAAAUAGCCUGAAACUCUGAAGAAUGCAGGGGAAUAAAUGGUGAUCCAUUUAUGUUGUUAGGGAUUAGGACCCGAGAGUCCAAAAAGGGGUCAAAACUAAGAAAAUGGGUCCAAACUAUAACUCGGCGUUUGCUCUUGAGACUGCCGGUUUUAGAGAGAAUGCUCAAAAUUUGGACCUCAAGGAGUAUUAUUGAUAGAGAGAAUGGUCGAAAUUAACUGCCUUUGCCCUUAGGACUCUGCUGUUUGAAUCAUCAGAAUUCGGACGACAGAUUGAAGGCGCAGUUGCAGAGGACGGAAGAAAACCCAGCAUCUGGGACACGUUCACACACUCAGGCUACUCUGCUGAUGGAGCCACUGCUGAUGUGACUGCAGAUCAGUAUCAUAAGUACAAGGAAGACGUAAAGCUUUUGAGCGAGAUGGGCGUCGAUGCGUACAGAUUUUCCAUUGCCUGGCCUAGGCUUAUUCCUGAUGGCCGAGGAGCUGUCAAUCCAAAGGGACUGGAGUACUACAACAACCUUAUCAAUGAACUCCUUAGUCAUGGAAUUCAGCCUCACGUAACAAUAUAUCAUUUCGACUUCCCUCAGGCUCUUCAAGAUGAAUACCGUGGGAUGCUUAGUCGUAAAUUCAUAGAUGACUACACAGCAUAUGCAGAUGUGUGCUUCAAGAACUUUGGCGACAGGGUGAAAUACUGGAGCACCGUGAACGAGCCAAACAUUGAGCCCAUUGGCGGAUACGAUGUAGGAUUCUUUCCACCACGGCGAUGCUCCUCCCCCUUCGGUAUCAGUUGCGACGAUGGCAACUCUACCACUGAGCCCUACAUAGUAGCUCACCAUCUUCUGCUUGCACAUGCCUCAGCAGCGUCCCUGUAUGAAGGGAAGUACCAGGCCAAGCAAGGAGGAAAAAUUGGACUCACAUUGCUCGGCUGGUGGUACGAGCCUGCGACACAAACACCUGAGGACAUAGCAGCAGCUGCAAGGAUGAAUGACUUCCACAUUGGAUGGUAUAUGCAUCCAUUGGUGCAUGGAGACUACCCCCCAUUGAUGAGGAAGAAUGUUGGGUCCAGGCUACCAUCUUUCACCGCCGAAGAGCUAAAGAGAGUUCGUGGGUCUUUUGAUUUUGUCGGAUUUAACCACUACGGUGCCGCUUAUGUGAAGGCUGAUCUUAGCAAGCUGGAUCAGAAGCUGAGAGAUUACAUGGGUGAUGCAGCCGUGAAAUAUGACACCACGCCAUUUUUGAACUCGAACAACCAGCUCCUGUUUGGGUUGAAAAGCGGUUUCAUGUCAUCGACACCGUGGGCUCUGAAGAAAAUGCUGGGGCAUCUGCAGCUCAAAUACAAGAACCCUGUAGUCAUGAUCCAUGAGAACGGAGCUGCUAGCAUUGCGGAGCCUUCUGCUGGGAACGCCCCCGACGACAAGUUCAGGUCGCAGUACCUGCAGGAUUACAUCGAGGCGACCCUCGAAUCCAGCAGGAACGGGUCGAACGUGCAGGGCUACUUCGUGUGGUCAUUUUUGGACGUGUUCGAGUAUCUGUUCGGCUAUCGCAUGGGCUUUGGCCUCUAUGGCGUCGACUUCAACUCCGAGGAGAGGACGAGGUACCAGAGGCACUCCGCCAAGUGGUUCGCCGGCUUCCUCCGUGGAGGCGAACUCCGGCCGGUGGCUCUGCCUGGGAAGGCCUAUUCCCAGUGAUCUUGACAUACUACUUCACGCUUCCCACGAAGAGGACGGACGACGAAUAAGCCUGGGAGGAUGGUUGGGUGUUGUUUUUGGAUGGAAAUUGAAUUUUGCUUGGGCAGUAGGGUUUAUAUGUAGGCCAAGUGGCUAUAUAUAUAUAUAUAUGCGGAAAAUAUUAAUAUGUAUUUAGACAUUUAGUCAAUAGUUCAAGAUCGAAAUCACGUACCUGCAUUUAAAUAGCACCUGCAAAUGCUGCAGAAUCUCAAAUUCCAUUUCAAUAGUAUAUACAUGCAUGGGCUGUGAAGAUGAACACACA